GCAAAUUCCAAAUCCUCUUCUUCACUGAAAAUAACAAACCUCCCCUCCUGCAUUUUCUCCACAAUCUUUUUCAAAUUUUCCAUCACUUUCCACUUCACAUCUGUUUUUUUUUUUCAAAAUCAUUACUUGCAUUUCCACAGGGUAGCUCAUGUCACUGUAGAGAGGAAAAGCUUGGGUCUCGGAUGAUCUGAAGCAAACAGUGCUUCAUUUAUUGUAAUCAAUCGGAGCCCGUGACUCUGUGAUUGGAUUGGAUUCUAUUUUCUCCAUUGCAUUAAAAUUUUCAGUACAAAGUUCGUGUCAGACCUCACUCAAAUUCAUGGGGGAUCAAAAUUGGAGCUUUUUGGCUUGAAUUGUGGGAACCCAUUUGGGAAAGAUGUGUUCUUGAUUGGAAAGAUGGGUCUUUUGGAGUUUGCGUAUUGAGGUUUAGAGGUUUGCUUUGUUUUUUCGAACUGGGUUUUUGGUACAAUUUGAGGAAUUGGGGGAAAUGAUGGAGUCUGAGCUGUGUGCUCCUAGGGUGUUAUCACCUUCUCAUGAGGAGAGUGGGGAUGAUGAGCUUUCAGUUCUUCCGAGGCAUACUAAGGUGGUUGUUACUGGGAAUAAUAGAACAAAGUCUGUGUUGGUGGGUCUACAAGGAGUGGUCAAGAAAGCUGUUGGGCUUGGUGGUUGGCACUGGCUGGUUCUGAAAAAUGGGGUUGAAGUCAAGCUGCAAAGGAAUGCAUUGAGUGUGCUGGAACAUCCUACAGGGGAUGAGGAAGAUUUUAAUAAUGAUAACUCUAGCAGUGAGUCUGAACUGGGUGUCAAGGAGAAUGUUUUCGCUAGGAGUUUUGAGUUCCAGAGACCUAAUAAACCAAGAUUUCGGUUUCCAAAAUCCUAUGUUCCAUCCAUACCAACCAAGUCUAUUUAUCAUGGCAGCUACCAAGAAAUUCAACCCAUCCACAAACCUCAGCUGAGAGUAAACAUGGCAAAACUAGGAACAAGCACAUUGCGGAGGUACUGCAGGCACUUCAACCUUGUAAGCAGCAGUUAUUCCAUUUCAACAAGGGACCAAUUGAUUAGCAUUGUACAACGACAUUUUACAUCACAGCUGAUGAAACUAGAUGAGGUAUCAGUGAUCACUGAGUUCGUCAAAGCAGCAAGGAGGCGCAAAUCUGCCGAGUUGGCUAGGAAACGUACAGAGCGAGAAAUGUGAAUGCUGAAUGUUCGAAUGCUUGUAUAUCUACCCCAAGUCCCUAACCUUUAGAUCAGAUCUAAUCAUAGAGUGUGCAGUGGAGAUCACUCCCUCAAAUCGUAACUUUGUAGUAAAUACUUCUUAGCUCUGCUAUAUAUCAUUAAAUCCUUAGGUAUCUCAUCAUCAUGAUGCUAUCCUCUACAUGAGUAGUACAGUCGGUUUUCAGAACAGAUCAUAUCAUUGGUACAAUGUGCAGACUGCAGA